AUGGCCACACGCUACUCCUCAUACUCGAACACCUCCUCUCAGGUCGGUCCUGUGCGGUCGCCGGCUCAACAGUCUGCACAAGUCUCGACGACCUCCCUGCUGAAUUCUUUGCAUACCAUUUAUGCCUCGGGGCAGACCUACCAACUCGAUGCGAGUACGAGCAUCGCCGUCAACACCUGGCUUACCGCCAGCAACCCAGACGCCCAGGGGAGGACUGGUGGUGCGGUAGAUGCUGAGAUUGCCUUCAAGGCUUGGGAGCACGCAAGAAGAAGAGCUGAGGAUGCUUGUGUCAUACUGGGGUCGCUCCAUCCCUCUACGCCCUCAGUACUACAACCUUUUCUGCGGGUCAUUCCUCUACCUACUCCAGAUCUCGCCUACACUGCGUUGUCCGCCUUACGACCCUUCGUCUCCUGCGUAACCCCUGCGAACUCUUCGACAUAUCGGCAUUCUGCACUAUCGGCAAGAUAUACAGUGACGUUGUCUGGCACCAUCACCGGAUUCUCGUUGGCUCUCUCAGGAUCUGGGAUUGAUGUUCAAAAUGGCCUGUUAAGAGUACCUGCGGAGCCCGGCUACCGAGCGUUUGAUGUUUUCUACUAUCUCCUAACCUCCGCCUCUACCCCGGCUGAGCGGGAAUUUCUGGACCUCCAGCAUCCUGCAAAGUACACCUUGUUGAACAGGUCUGGCACCUACGACCCGCCCUCCUAUUUGCCAACUGGCGACGACGCUGCUGCAGCCGAAGAUUUCCGUGGAGCAUUGAAGUCAAUUGGCAUCAAGGGCGCGUCUUUCCGAGGCCUUUUAUCAUGUCUUGCGGGACUACUAAAGCUGGGGGAGACCACUGGCUUUCUCAUCGACUCUGAGGCGCUGGAGAACAUAUGCGAAGAUGUUGGAGCGCUCAUUGGCCUUGAACCAGAAGUCCUCUUCAACAAAUGCAGCGGCGAUGACCGUGAGGUUCUCGUAGCAGGAAUGUACGAAGCUCUGGUUGAUUGGGUCAUCUCCAAAGCAAAUGAAGCCAUUGCCGCGGAGCUGCGAGCAGGUGCACUUACUCCGGAUUCAAGCACCCAGAGUGGUGAUGAAGUGAGCCUUUCUGUGAUUGAAAUCCCUGGCGAAGGACUAGCAAAAGCCGUUGCGCUGCGCAGCGUCUUCGACGACUCUAUUGGGAUUAAUGCUGAAAUGAAGGAAGAUGGAGUUGAGAUUACCCCUGCUGGCCAUUCCGUCCUUAAAGAAAUGCAUUUAGCCGUCUCUGAAGUUGCGGCUGACCUGGGCAUCACCGGGGGUCCGUUGAGCCGAGAGAGAGAGCACGAUCACGACAGGCGAGAAGGCAUCUUACAAAAGAUCGGGGCAGAGGCAGAAGAUGGAGGAUUUCUUCACACCUUGCUAUACCCAGUCGCUGGGGAAGGCCUUAACUUUGGCAAAAAGGGUCGCUUUGAUCUAGCAACAACUCUCGCAAGCAGCAGAGCGUGGUACCAGCUUUCCAUCCAUCCUACAGACGACGCACCUGCCACUCUCGCCACUUCAGCUUCAGCCACGUCAGCUUGGUCUGCGGGUGCUGUUUCUCGACAGUUGCGGGCCUGGAGACUCCCUGAGUGGGCGAAUCAUCGAAACAGGCAACUUGAUUUCACCGCCGACUUCGACGUUGAGGAAUUCGUCACGAGAUACUCCCGACUGGGUUGCAAAGAUGGCAGAGACGGUAUCGAGAGCUUUCUUCUUGAGCGUGGCUGGACCAAUGGCGAAGUCGUCAUCGGACGUGAGCGUAUCUGGAUGCGAGAGGCCGCUUGGUGGGAAGCCGAAACAAUGCUAGACAUGAAGGCCGGACCUCCAGGCUAUGUCGAAGACUCUGCAUUCGGUCAACCUACCAAUCCUUUUCUCUCUGGAUACUCUGUCAAUCCGCCCAACAACGGGAGUGGCUUUUUCCCUCCCAUGGGCGACAACAUGAGUGUACAAGACAGCCGCGAACACCUACUAAAUCAGGCUGGAGCUGACCGUGCCAAAUCGAUCGCGCCAACAAUGGCCCGUACUGUCCAGACCAUCGGUGGCGACUACGGCCUGGGUCCCAAAGGCGAUAAUCACAAAGAUCAACCUUAUUACGAUGAGAUGGGACGAUAUACUGGAGAACUAGACCCCGAGUUUGGCGACCCCCGCAACAUCGAAUCAAAAAAGACGUCAAAGGGCAGACAGGCCUGGGUGUCGUUUGUCUGGACUCUGACAUUCUGGAUUCCAUCCGUGGCUCUCAGAUUUAUCGGUCGCAUGAAACGGCCAGAUGUUCGGAUGGCCUGGCGUGAGAAGGUUGUACUUUGUUUCUUGAUUUUCUUGAUCAAUGCAGCGAUUGUUUUCUACAUCGUGGCGGUUGGGCACCUUUUAUGCCCAAAUUUCGACAAGGUAUGGAACGCCAAAGAGGUUGGCUUCCAUCAAGGUACCAACGAUUACUACGUCAGCAUUCGAGGUAGUGUUUACGACAUGACUCAUUUCUACAGAACCCAGCACAGUGACACCAGCAUUCACACCAAUGCUGACAACAUGAUGCCAUUUGCCGGGCAGAAUUUGGAUGCCUACUUUCCUCCUCCCCUGAGUCGGGCAUGUCCGGGUCUAGAUGUCGACGACACUGUACAGUUGCAGCACAACGACACUUCGGCUGUCUUAUACCCUAACGCCGUUCAUACCUCGGGUCACGUCUACCAAACGGACCGGUCCUCCAAGCUAUACAGCUGGACUUGGUAUUCCGAUGUCUUCUUGCCCUCGGUCAAGCAGUAUUACAAAGGAGACCUUGUGGUUACAAGAGGCAGUGUUCGAAAACAGGCAGACAACGAUCAGAGAAUGUGGGCGAUAAUUGACAAGAAAAUCUACGAUCUGACCGAUUAUUUCUACACCUUGAACCUGAUGAAUAACUAUCCCACAUACAAGUUCUUCCCUGACGAGGUAGCAAACCUGUUCAAUCAAUAUCCAGGCACUGAUAUCACGGACAAAUGGGGGACGACUGCAACUUUCCAAAACAGCCUGAAUUGUCUAAACAACGCAUUUUACGUUGGCAAGGUGGACUUUCGGCAAUCUGCCAAGUGCACAGCCAACAAUUACAUCUUACUAUCCUUCUCCCUCUUACUAUGCACUGUCAUUCUGGCGAAGUUCCUGGCUGCGUUGCAGUUCGGUUCCAAACGUCGACCAGCAGCGCAGGAUAAGUUUGUCAUCUGUCAAGUGCCCGCCUAUACUGAGGGUGAAGACCAUCUCAGAAAAUCGCUGGAUUCUCUCACAGCUCUCCAGUACGACAACAAAAGAAAGCUAAUUUGCGUUAUCUGCGACGGCAUGAUUGUAGGUGGCGGUAACGAUCGGCCUACUCCAAAGAUUGUCCUCGACAUCCUAGGUGUCGACCCUAAGAUAGAUCCACCUGCUUUGCCGUUCAGAUCAGUCGGCAAUGGGAACGAGCAGCUCAACUAUGGAAAGGUCUACUCCGGUCUGUACGAGUAUGAGGGCAAUGUAGUCCCAUACCUUGUCGUUGUCAAGGUUGGAAAGGAAUCCGAGCAAUCGAAGUCCAAACCUGGUAAUCGUGGCAAGCGAGACUCUCAAAUUUUGCUCAUGCAGUUUUUGAACCGAGUCCACCACCGAUCGGCCAUGUCCCCAUUGGAGCUAGAAAUGUUCCACCAGAUCAACAACAUCAUUGGCGUGGAUCCGGAGUUGUAUGAGUAUCUCUUCAUGGUCGACGCCGAUACCAUGGUCAAGGAGGACUCACUUAAUCGUCUGGUGGCAGCCUGUGCCGACAAUUCAAAGAUCGCUGGCAUUUGUGGGGAGACGAGCUUGGAAAAUGAGGAACGAAGCUGGUGGACAAUGAUCCAGGUUUACGAGUACUACAUCUCCCACCACCUUGCAAAAGCCUUCGAAUCACUCUUUGGCAGCGUGACCUGUUUGCCGGGAUGUUUCUGUAUGUAUCGUCUUCGAACAGCUGACAAAGGUCGACCUCUCAUCAUAUCGGACAAGGUGAUUCAAGAGUAUGCUGACUGUGAUGUUGACACUCUUCACAAGAAAAACCUGUUGUCGUUGGGCGAGGAUCGAUUCUUGACGACUUUGAUGAUGAAGCAUUUCCCGGCUAUGUCCUAUAAAUUCGUCCCCGAUGCCUGCGCCUGGACCGCUGCUCCUGAGACAUGGUCAGUCUUGCUUUCGCAAAGACGGCGAUGGAUCAAUUCCACCAUCCACAACUUGGCAGAGCUGGUCUGGUUGAAAGACCUCUGUGGUUUCUGCUGCUUCUCGAUGAGAUUUGUCGUCUUUAUCGACCUUUUCGGUACCAUCCAGCUUCCUGCCACUUGUGUCUACCUCGGCUACCUUAUCUAUAGAGUGGCGGCUCACGAAGGACAAUUCCCUCUCAUCUCAAUCGUGAUGAUUGCUGCUACGUACGGUCUCCAAGCAUUAAUCUUCAUUCUCAAAAGACAAUGGCAACACGUCGGCUGGAUGAUUAUCUAUGUCAUCGCCUACCCUAUCUACAGUUUUGUAUUGCCCAUCUAUUCCUUCUGGAACCAGGACAAUUUCUCGUGGGGAAACACCAGAAUUGUCAUUGGAGAAAAGGGAGACAAGAAGGUGGUUGCACUACAAGACGAAGGAUUCGACCCCAGAUCCAUACCAUUGCAACGGUGGGACGACUAUGCGGCCUCGAACAACUUACCUGGACGGCGUGGCAACAACGACAACUUUCACGAAAAGGGCUUCGAGGCCGGAUAUACGGACGACCCCAGCAUGAUGGAAAUGGACGAUAUGCACUCGGUCUAUUCCUCGGUGAAGCCGGCGAGCACCAUUCUCGCAGGAUUUCCACAGCAGCAGCAUCCUUUCAUGGCGCCACCUCGGUCACCGGCGCCAUUUGGGCUGAAUAAUCGUGCUAGCACGAUGACGGGUUUGACCCAAUUCAAGGAUCAACCUGUCAGCGUCCACGGGCGCAAUAUGAGCAUGAUGAGUCUAGGAAGCCAAGGACGUCUCAAAUCUCCGUCGCCAAACCCGUACCAAGACAACAAUCCUCGAAGUCCGUAUCAGAGUGGUUACGGCAUGCCAAAUUCGGUCAGCAGACCUAGCCUGCUUGGUAUGGGCGUUAGUCGACCGGCAUCUACAGUGAUGGACUUCCGCACUGUGCCGACGGCUGGCCCCAGCGAUCAAGAUAUGGUCGAAGCCAUUCGAGCGGUGCUGAGCGAAGUCGACCUCGAUACCGUAACGAAGAAACAAGUUCGAGCUCUCGUCGAACAAAGACUACAGUGUGAAGUCCCUGCCGGUGAUCGAAGGCAGUUUCUGGAUAGGGCGAUUGACACCGAGUUGGCGAACAUGUAA